AUGGCUCCCAAAACUCCAGUUGGAAAGAAAGGUGAAAAGAAAGCAGGCAAAAAGGCCAAUGUUGAUAGCAAGAAGAAGAGGAGAGGAAAGAGAAAGGAAAGUUAUGCUAUCUACAUCUACAAGGUGUUGAAACAGGUUCACCCUGACACUGGAAUCUCCAGCAAAGCCAUGGGCAUCAUGAACUCGUUCGUCAACGACAUCUUCGAGCGCAUCGCCACCGAAGCUUCCCGCCUUGCUCACUACAACAAGAAAUCAACCAUCAGCUCACGCGAGAUCCAGACCGCCAUCAGGUUGCUUCUACCCGGGGAACUGGCAAAACACGCUGUCAGCGAAGGAACCAAGGCUGUGACCAAGUACACCAGCAGCAAGUAAAUUCACUGAGUGAGUUUACCGCCAAAACCAAAGGCUCCUUUAGGAGCCACCAACUGUUAUAAAAGCCAAUGAUCAUUUCGUAUUUCUAAAGUUUCUAUCCAACAGUCGAUUUUCACAAGCCCGCGCUGCAUUACAUUGAUCGACACUGAGUUUAAAAUCGCCUUUUGGUUGACCGCAAUAAUUCCAAUUGGCUUUGCGCGCAAAUUGAACUAAGUUUUCCCGACAAUUCACUACAAAACCUUAAACACGAUAUUCAAAAUACAAUGCGGCAGGUUUCCAAAAGGAAUUUCAAAGGCACUUCUGAGCCAAAUUUCUCUCUUUCUUUCAGUUUGGGUUUUGCGCGCGCAAAGUACGCAACUAGAUUAUGAGCCGCAUCGGGUCUUCUAUUAGGAGGGGGGUACGAAUACCGCAAAACGGCACAGAAAUAUGUAUAAACACCGCACAAAAUAACAUAAGAAAACCGCGUUGAAAUUACCCGAAAAUUUGUGAAUACCGCAAGACGCUUGUUUUGUAAAACCGCAAGACCGCAAACCCGUACGUCCCCUUCUAUUAGACCUAGGCAACGCAUGUAUCUACGUAAAAUGCUGAGCUUUAAAAAAAAAAAAGACUUUCAGCUUUUACUUCAAAUUCAACAACCUUUAGAAAAAUAGUUCCGACGACCGUCUAGGCCAGGGUUUAAGUAAAGCGUGACAAUGGGCGAAGAAAAUGGAGUUAGUGUAAUUUAUGCAAGCCCAGAAUAAAUUGCCGUUUGGUGCGCGCCGCAUCGGUGCAAAGCGUGACGCUAAAAAAGGAAUGAAAAGCAAAUUGAAGGACGAACUGCAACAAAUUUCUUUUCACGAGAGCGCAAAGAGGAUCUUAAAGUAGCUGUGUUUUUUAAAUUGCCCCUGAAUGCCAUUCGCUGCAUUUGUCCUUGUUUGGCACGCUGAUGUGCUUGGGUGUUUAGGCUCACACUGUCAUAGUCUAAUGAAAAUUAUGCUAAUUUCCUGACUCUUUUAGUUCUUUUGUUGAAACGGUUCGCAAUAUCAGAAAAAGAAGAAAAGAAACCUUAAACCAGUGAUCACUGUUACAAAGAGACAACGGCCUCAAGUCAAGAAAGAAAUGACUCAGUAUGACCCAGAACCAAGAAUAGAUUUCAAAUAAUUUUCAUAGGAAGAGACUGUAUCUAGAUUGAUUUCAGUAGCGGGUUAUCUAACAAAGGGCCAGCAGUAUUUAAGGGUGCAACUUCCCAUGGAACUCUUACAAUCUAUUUGCUUACAUCCAAAGAAGUCAAGGAAUACAUCCACAAUAUAAUAUUAGCGUUUCCUUUACUAGAAAACGAACGAAAAUUUUGAAAUUCAGUCCGGUGGAACACUAAAGUAGCGGUGGAUAGCAAGCCACCAAUCAAAUUUUACCACUAAGUGAAAACAAUCAAGGCAAAGAAAGGCAACAUUUCGUCCAAUCAAACAACCGGGAUUUCGAUCCGCGCAUAAAUUAUCUAUAAGAUAAAUAGCGCUAUCGUCGACGCGAUAAUUCAUUACAUUGCAGCAGCAAUCUUGAUAAUAUGGCUCCCAAAACUCCAGUUGGAAAGAAAGGUGAAAAGAAAGCAGGCAAAAAGGCCAAUGUUGAUAGCAAGAAGAAGAGGAGAGGAAAGAGAAAGGAAAGUUAUGCUAUCUACAUCUACAAGGUGUUGAAACAGGUUCACCCUGACACUGGAAUCUCCAGCAAAGCCAUGGGCAUCAUGAACUCGUUCGUCAACGACAUCUUCGAGCGCAUCGCCACCGAAGCUUCCCGCCUUGCUCACUACAACAAGAAAUCAACCAUCAGCUCCCGCGAGAUCCAGACCGCCAUCAGGCUGCUUCUGCCCGGUGAACUGGCAAAACACGCUGUCAGUGAAGGAACCAAGGCUGUGACCAAGUACACCAGCAGCAAGUAAAUUCACUGAGUGAGUUUACCGCCAAAACCAAAGGCUCCUUUAGGAGCCACCAACUGUUAUAAAAGCCAAUAACAUUUCAUAUUUCUUUAGUGUCUGUAUAACAGUCGAUUUUUUCAAGCUAGCACUGCAUCGCAUUGACCGACAUUGAUUGACCGCAGUAAUUCCAGUUGGCUUUGCGCGCAAAUUGAAUUAACUUUCCCUACUGACUUACUUUCUUUUCCACUUACUGCACAUAAAAAGCUUGAAGUUGAUAGUCGAGAUUUGAUGCGGAAGGUUUCCGAAAAGAAUUUCUAAGGCAUGCAAUUCUGGGUCAAAUGUCUUUCAUUCCCUCAGUCUGGAUUUUGAGCGCGCAAAGUACGCAACUGAAUUAAGUGCAGUGCCGUAUCUUCUAUUAGAUCUGACCAGAUCGAGACAACGAUGUAUGUAUGUUCAAUGUUGCCGGAACAGUAAAUGCUUAGCCUUUCGAAAACUUUUCAGCUGUGACUUUAAAUUCAAGUAACUUAUAGAAAAAAAGGAUCGAAGACCGUUUAGCCCAGGAUUUAGAUAAAGCGUGAAAGAGUAAUUUAUGCAAGCCAGCAUUGCAAGUGCUGUAGAGUGCUUAGCCGAGCUUGACGUUAUUAAGGGAAGGAAUGAAAGGCAAACUGAACCAGGAACAGGAACAUAUUUUUCUGACGGGUGGGCAAAACUGAUAUUCAAGAAGCUGCGAUAUUUUUUAUAGUUGCCCUUGGAUGCCUUUUGCUACAUUUAUCCUCUUGGCCCGCUUACAAAAUUGAGUGCAGGGUUCGCACAAGUCAUAGUUCAAGAAAAAAUUAUGCUAAUGAUGCUUCAGUUCUUUUGUUGACAUGGGUCGCAAUGUCAAAAAAGAAAUCCUUGAACCAGCAAGUGCUGUGGAAGAAAUUAAACAGGAUAAAGACAUAAGAGCAACAUGA